CCUCCCCCUUUAAACUUCCCUUCAGAAGUGUCGGUAACUCGACAAAGCGGCCACGGACGAGGAUGCAAAGGAGGUCUGAAGUCUUGACGUAUGGGGUCAGCUGACUCCAAACUUUCCUCCUCAUCCACUCUUGGGCCCGUGCGAGCACUCUUAUAAGCACGGCGAGUUGGACAAGUUGGACUCAGUUUCCCCCCCGGUCCCAAACUUGGAUUUCAAGACAGCAAGUGAUUUCAAAGGAUUGCCGGAGAAAGUGCCUUUGGGCUCUCUUCUCGCUCUCUGUAACUCUUCCCAGCUAACACUCCUUGAGGAUGGGUGACUGGAGUGCUCUGGGUCGUCUGCUGGACAAGGUCCAGGCCUAUUCCACAGCUGGAGGCAAGGUCUGGCUCUCCGUCCUCUUCAUCUUCCGGAUCCUGGUCCUGGGCACUGCCGUGGAGUCAGCCUGGGGAGACGAGCAGUCUGCCUUCAAAUGCAACACCCAACAGCCCGGUUGUGAGAACGUCUGCUAUGACAAGUCUUUCCCCAUCUCACACGUCCGCUUCUGGGUUUUGCAGAUCAUUUUCGUCUCCACACCCACUCUCCUCUACCUGGCUCAUGUCUUCUACCUGAUGAGGAAGGAGCAAAAGCUUAACAGGAAGGAGGAGGAGCUCAAGGCUGUGCAGAACGACGGCGGGGAUGUUGACAUCCCGCUGAAGAAAAUCGAGAUGAAGAAGCUGAAGCACGGACUGGAGGAGCACGGCAAGGUGAAGAUGAAGGGGGCCUUGCUGAGGACCUACAUUGUCAGCAUCUUCUUCAAGUCCAUCUUCGAGGUGGGCUUUCUCAUGAUCCAGUGGUAUAUGUAUGGCUUCAGCCUGGCUGCAGUCUACACCUGCGAGCGGUCGCCCUGCCCCCACAGGGUGGACUGUUUCCUGUCUCGGCCCACAGAGAAAACGGUUUUCAUCAUUUUCAUGCUGGUGGUCUCGCUGGUCUCCUUGCUGCUCAACGUCAUCGAGCUGUUCUACGUCUUUUUCAAGAGGAUCAAAGACCGCGUCAAGGGCAAACAGCAGCCCACGCUCUACCCUGGUGGAGGUACCCUGAGCCCGACCCCCAAAGAACUGUCCACCACCAAGUAUGCUUACUAUAAUGGCUGCUCCUCCCCAACUGCCCCACUCUCUCCAAUGUCCCCACCCGGGUACAAGCUGGCUACAGGUGAGCGAGGAACCGGCUCGUGCCGUAAUUACAACAAGCAAGCCAACGAGCAGAACUGGGCCAACUACUCGACGGAGCAGAACCGGCUCGGCCAGAACGGCGGUGGCAGCACUAUUUCAAACUCCCACGCACAAGCCUUUGAUUUCCCAGAUGAUACCCAUGAGCAUAAGAAACUGUCAUCCUCAACUGCGGGACAUGAGAUGCAGCCGCUGCCACUGAUGGACGCCAGGCCGUGCAGUCGGGCAAGCAGCCGGAUGAGCAGCAGGGCACGACCAGACGAUCUAGAUGUCUAAUCCCGAACCCCCCCACCUUCCUGUCUCCUACCUGCCAUGUGUCCACUGAAGCAAGUGGAGGUUUGGCCACAGCCAGAGAAACCAGGAAGUGCACGGAGAAAAAGUUACCGAUAGAGGAGGCGGGGCUAACCUCAAUCACUGUCUUCAACCUAGAGACUCUUAGUCGAUAAAAGAGACAUAAAAAAAUGUUACUUAACACUGUCGGAGGUACUACAAUGUGUUUUUAGUGAUGACUUUUACUGAAACUUUUUUUAGUGGAGCUAACCCAGCUUUAACAAGGCAGAACAGCAGGAAUGGUGUAAGAGUCUUCCUAACAGUAACUGGUCCUUACAACAGUAUUGUUUUGUUUUUUGUUUUUCAGUGCAACAUAAGAGGGCUUCUCUCUGUCUCACACACGCACACACACACACACACACACACACACACACACACACACACACACACAAACACACAACAUUCCACAUUAGAAAGAUUGCACUCCAGUAUAAGAUAGCCUCUUUACAGUGGCUCGACUUGUCGGCCACACUUUGCGUAGAGUCGCUCUUGUGCUCGUGUAUGUAAGACUCAAUGUGUGAAUCAGCAUUAUUUAUACAGUUCUCUCCAUUUUUAUGUUCCUCAUAACUGUUUAAUCUCAUUUCCCGUGUUAUAAUCACACUUGAGUUUAGAAAUGGUUACAUCAAGAGCAUUUCUUUUUUCUUUUUCUUUAUUUUUUUUUUGUCGUUCUUCAAGUGCCAUUGUGUAGACAAAAGUGCAACGUCAUGUUAAGCAACAACCACUUGGAUAAUAAUCCUCAUGCCAAUCCUUUUCAUGUAACUUCUUGUAAAACAGGGUUUCGAGGGGAAUGCUCCAUAUUAGUGUCAAUGACUAUUUAUUUAUUGCUUGGCAUCUGCAGGACACCCACCACUAAGAGAGAAAAAAUAAAAUUUGACUACUAUUCACAGAAAAGGUCUCAUAUAUUCACAGAGAGAAGAUGUAAGGUCACAACCCAAAAACUGCAUAUUUAUUUACAGUGAAAUUGAAAAAAAAAGAAAAAGAAGAAGAAGCAAUAUUUGUUUUUAAUUCCCUAAAGGAAAGAGCGUUCAAGUUUUGUCAGUUACAGUGGCUCGUUGUUUCCUGAAAAACUUUGAAUUUAUGUGAAUUGGUGUCCGUUUAUGUUUUAACUUUGUGGAUUGAUUUGUCUUUUUUCCUUUUUUUGAGAAGAGCAGGCCGAAGGUUUUGGGUUCCAGCCUGCUGUAAGGCCAAUAACACAGUAACCUUUUUUUAAAUUUUUAUCUGCUUUUAUCUGUGUCCUGGAAACAUCUGUUGAAAGAAAGGCUUUAUUUUAUUUUCCAUUCAAAAGUGUUCCGUUCUCUUUAUCCUUCUUUUUUUUCGUGGGUGGUAGAGGAAGGGCGUAGAAUGAAUAUGAUAUGUGUUUUACCUAUUGGAGUGAAUGAUCUUUUUUUGUUUUGUUUUUUUGUUUGGUGGUAUUUUUUUGUUUUUCAAACUCAAUGUAAUCAUUGCUGCUUGAGAAAUAGAUAUUUAGUACUGUAAAUCAAGCUAACUGUGUCACAAUUAAAAAAAAUGUGAGUUUUUAGAAGACUGCUUAUAGAUCUGGACUAAUAUUUAGUCAAUUAUAUUAAAAAAAAAGAAGAAAAAAAAAGGUAUAUGCCAAUGUAGCUCCACAACCAAACACUAGUAGAAUGAAUCUAAAUUUGGAAGUUUUCAUGUUUAUUUGUAUUUUUUUUUGUUUUGUUUUUGUUUUCAGUGUUUUAUUCCUUUCAAUUUUGCAUCAUAGUAUGUCGGUACUUACAUUUUUUUGUUUCAUGGAUUUUACAGCUACAAUGGCGUUUGCACUGAGAUCUUGAUGUUAGGGUGUAAUAUGAUACAAAUAAAGACCUAGGUGGCAAGUGUUUUCUGAUAUACAUGUUACUAAUUUAUUCUACAACCCAGAAAUCUCCACAGUGCAUUCUCUCAGACAGCGCUUUUAUUUGACUGCUGGUUGCAUCGAUCUUGAAAGGCUACGAAGUAAAAACGUCUUCCAGUUACAGUUAGCGGGAGACGAAAUUUGUCAGAUGAUGCCAUUCCAUGAGGAUCCACUGUUGUACAGUGUGUAAGUGCAUGAUAGCAAAACGAAACUCAUUAAUCAUAUCUGUGAAAAGCUAUUUUAACCAAUAAAGAUUUUUUUUCUUUCUUAA